UAGGGGGUGGCAGCUGAGAGGUUUGGCCUCCUGCCACCACCACCGCCGCCAUGUCCGAACGGGAGGAACGGCGCUUCGUGGAGAUCCCCCGGGAGUCGGUGCGCCUGAUGGCGGAGAGCGCCGGGGUCGAGCUGACCGAGGAGGUGGCGGCCAUGCUGGCCGAAGACGUCUGUUACCGCCUGCGCGAAGCCACCCAGAAUAGUUCACAGUUCAUGAAACACACGAAGCGGCGGAAGCUGACGGUGGAAGACUUUAACCGGGCUUUGCGCUGGAGCAACGUAGAGGCGGUUUGUGGCUAUGGCUCUCAGGACGCCCUCCCUUUCCGAGCCUUCAAAGAAGGAGAGCUUUACUUCCAGGAAGGCCGCGAAGUCAAUCUCGUGGAGCUGGCCCUGGCCACCAACAUCCCGAAGGGCUGCGCGGAGACGACCGUGAGAGUUCACGUCUCUUACCUGGAUGGGAAAGGAAACCUGGAGCCACAAGGAUCAGUGCCCAGCGCCGUCUCCGUGCUGACGGAUGACCUCUUGAAAUAUUACCAGCACGUCACCCGGGCCGUGUUGGGGGACGACCCUCAGCUGAUGAAGGUCGCCCUCCAGGACCUCCAGACCAACCCAAAGAUCGCCGCCCUCCUGCCUUACUUCGUCUACAUCGUGAGCGGGGUGAAGUCCGUCAGCCACGACCUGGACCAGCUGAACCGCCUCCUGCACGUGGCCAAGAGCCUCAUCCAGAACCCCUACCUCUGCCUGGGCUCCUACGUCAAGAGCCUCAUCGCCAGCGUCAUGUACUGCGUCCUGGAGCCCCUGGCCGCCUCCAUCAACCCCCUCAACGACCACUGGACCCUCCGUGACUACGCGGCCAUGCUCCUCGGACACAUCUUUUGGACUCACGGCGACUUAGUGAGCAGCCUCUACCACCAGAUCCUGCUCUCGCUGCAGAAGGUCCUGGCCGACCCCGUCCGACCCCUCUGCUCCCACUAUGGGGCCGUGGUGGGCCUCCACGCCCUCGGGUGGAAGGCGGUCGAACGAGUUCUCUACCCGCACCUCUCCACCUACUGGUCCAACUUGCAGGCUGUGCUGGACGACUACUCCGUCUCCAAUGCUCAAGUCAAGGCUGACGGGCACAAGGUCUACGGGGCCCUCCUGGUCGCUGUGGAGCGGCUGCUAAAGAUGAAGGCCCAGUCGAUUUCCGUGCCGGUCCCGGCGGAGGGCUCCAGCGGAGAGGGGCGCCCCCAGGAGGGCUUCCCUUGGCUCAGCCCCCUCCAGGACCCCCAGGUGGAGUUCGGCUUUGGCAUCGCCAGCCACCUGCUGCAGCUGGGCAGCGGCGGGCCCCAGGCGGGGGCGAUGGGCCUCUCGGCCAACCCGCCGGCCGUCUCCCUGAAUGAGAUCUACCAGGAGCUGUACUGCUUUUUCGGGGACAGCCUGGCCACCCGCUUUGGCACCGGGUCGGGGCUCUGCCCGGGAGAACCGGUGCCCGCCAGCGCCCCCAAGGUGGUGGAUGCCAAGAAGGAGCCCCCGGCCUUCGGGGCCGGGGACACGGGGCGCAAGAUGCCCCAGCUGACAGCCAACGCCACGGUGAGCCCCCGAGAGGAGGAGAGCCCCCGGGGCGAAUUCUCGGCCGGCCGGCCCGCCUUGCACCGUUCCGCCAGCCUGGCCCGGUCCCGCAGCGCUUUGCGCCAGCAGGGGCACCGCCCGGGCAUCCGGGACGUCUUCCAGAAGUCGCGCUUCUCCCCGCAGGGGGCGCCUCGCUUUAGCUUCGUCAUUGCCGGGCGGCAGGCGGAGAGGCGGUGCCAGGGGCGCCUCUUUCAGACCCGCUUCCUCCAGCACCACGGACCCAGCCAGGUCUCUCGCUACGCCCAGAAGCUGCCCAUGAUCGGGCGGACCAGCAAGCCGGUGAAGAAAUGGGCCCACACGGGGUAUUCCCUUUACCUGCCCCUCUGAGGCGGGGGUCCCCGCUCUGUGCCCAUGCCUCUGCGCUCAGCCCCGAUACCAAUGCGUUGGUGGGACCCCGACUCGUCUUGGUGAGAUCCUCCAGUUCUUCAGAGCAGGGUCUCUUAGGCUGCCACACCUGCUGCGUGGAACGCCCUUGCUCCGGAAAUAUAUCUACCUGCAAUUUUAGGUACAGUGGAACCCCUGUGGGAUUGCUAUCCAUGGAUUCAUUUAUUUGUAAUCUGAAAAUAUUAAAAAGAAGUAAAUAGAAAAAGAAAUGUCUAUUUUCAUGAUGUAUUGACCAGAAAUGGCCUGCAGAGGGAGCCAGAGACCGUGCCAUGUAUUUUCUUGGAAUGAAUACCAUCGUCUCUGCCUCCCUCUAGUGGCCGAUUAUGGUAAACACAUCAUGAAAAAUUUUUUUGACAUUUUUUCUUUUACCAUGCUUUUUUUCUGGAUAUUUUUUUCCUUUUAGUUUGCUACUCUCUGCAGUUUUCUGCAUCUGCGGGGAGCUUGGAACCAAUCCCGUGCAGCUAUAGGGUUUCUACUGUAUUUUUGUUUUAAAAAAGGAAACGUGUUUCUCUGUGCAGCCUUACAAGAGACUGCAUCAUUUCUGAUGAGUCUGGGUGGCCGUUUUUGACCCCUGAUAUCUUGCAGCGACUACAUGUCUCGCCAAAAAGAUGGGGGAGUAGAUGUUGAAACUUGAAACGGCCAGAAAUCCCCUUCCAGUUUUUUUCCCAAAAAGGAAGGUAUUUAGAUGUUAGCUUUUCAAAUAAUUUCCUGCCAAUGCCUGAUGAACCAGCCCUUGCCAGCAUCGGAACAGAAGUCCCAGCGUUCCUUUUCUAAGCACAUCCAGACGUGUUGAUGAAGCAAGAGGGAUGUGGACCGAAAUAUUUAAGAUCGCUCUUCCCCCAUUUUUGUUCAGGAGAGCAUUUGGAGAAUUUCCAGGAAGGUCUCUCAGACCUGUUCACCUCUGGACGACACGGACCUGGCUGUUAAUUUGUGAGUUUUCUACUUUUGUGUCCAUGGUUUUGUUGGUGUGUGUAUAUAGCAUAUAUAUAUAACCUUUUUUAAAUUAUGAAUGUUGGAUACCUCUUUGAAAUGUCUGAGUAGAAGGAGUGGAUAAACGCUUCUAAUGAAAUAAAAAUAA